UCAUCGAAAUACUCUGUUUUCGUUUUGGCAACUUGAAAGGGUUUUCUCAUCUGCUCGUGUUAAGAAAUCUAAAUUUUGUGGUGCAAAAUGUUGAACGCUUCCCAAUUAUUGUUGGCCCGUAACAUUUCCAAGGCUAUGGUUAGAUUCCACAGCCAUGGUGGCAUUCCCGGAGAGAACUUGCCCUUCAGCUUGAAGAACCGCUACAAGCUUACAGCCAUUUUCACCACAUUCACUGUUUUGGGUUUCGGCUCACCCUUCUUGAUUGUCAGACAUCAAUUGUUGAAGGCCUAAACGGAGAGUAAUUUUAGAUUAUUUGUUUGGUGUUAAGACAAAAGUGAUGUCAAAUCAUUUUCCAAAAAAAUCGAAAAUGGUUUAUAAGAUGUAAAGUUAAAUCAAUUAACGUGAAAUAUAAGUGAAAAUAAACCAAAAAAUGAUGUGUUUUUUAUUUCAAUAUAAUUAAUCCUGGGACAAAUAAAUUCGACUUUAAACGCAGGCGAAUUACCGAAAAAUGUAA